GCUGCCCACAAGUGUGGAGCCAAGGAGGACGGGAGCCUAAAAAGGUCUCACCAGGCUGCCAGAGCUGGGGUUUGCCAGAGUUAGCUUGAUUUGAACUUUCUGCUGCUUUACCUAGAGAACAUUUGUGACGUUUGAAGGUCUCCUUGAAGCGUUCCAGUCAUGGCCUCCAAAGUCAUACCUUGGUAUAAGAAGAAGCACACGAGCCAGGUCAAAACUGAUUAUGCUUACCGUCACUCUAGAAGUGUCAAGAAGCAGAUAGAAAGGAAAUCAAGCUCUAAAUCAGUGACCCAGGUGCAGGCCCAAGCCACAGAGGCUAUGGCGGAACCAGUGUACACCAUACCGGCGUUCCGGCAGAGGACUGAUGAGGGGACUGAAGAGUAUCAGCGAGUGAGUGCGAGCGUUGGGAGAGGACUUACUGUCAUUCAGGAGGAGCUCCAAAGGAUGAGGAUCGCCACCAAGGCCCAGGUGGACAGUCUGGCUAUCAAGAGAGAAGUAAAAGACAUGAUGGCAAAGAGACCAGACUUUUUGGAUGAUAUCCCCAAGAUGCCGGACUUCCUGGUUGCCCUGCGGCCCCACAUCGUGUGGGAGAAGACCCCCGUCAAGCUGUUCUGCACCGUGCAGGGAAACCCCCGGCCCAUCGUCAAAUGGUAUAAAGGAGGAGUGCCCGUCGACCCACUGAGCGCUCCUGGAAAGUACAAGAUUGAAAACAAGUAUGGAGUCCACGGAUUGAUCAUUAGCAGGUGUGUUGUGAGUGAUACUGCUGAGUACAGCGCUGUGGCUACCAACCCUCAUGGCACGGCUACUAGCAAGGCCAUGGUUACCGUGAGGAGACCAGCAGGACCCGGGGAGCUCUGCCAUCUUGGACUGGUGCCCCAUCUGACUGAGAUCCACGCCAGUAAGCUGGAGGUGUCGCUGCUCGACCGUUUCCCGGUCUCCUUCGGCGUGGAGGACGGCUCCAUCAGUCUGGUCUGCACCAUGGUGGUCGUCCCCGACCUGCCCAACGUCCCCCCCCUAGCCCAGUGGUACAGAGACGAUAAACUGCUGAAGCCCAGUAACUUGGUGCACAUGUCUGUGGGCGGAGGUGCCGCCCGUCUGACUCUGCCUCAGCUGGCCAAAGACGAUGAAGGCCUCUACACCCUCCGCAUCUUCACAAAGGACGGCACAGCUGACCACAGCGCCUACCUCUUUGUUUCAGACGCCGCCACCUCCAAGCCUGGCGCCCCUGGUGCACCGAUGAGCGUGAAGGCAUAUGACAUCAACUCAGAUUAUGUCUUGGUUGCCUGGAAACCCCCAAACACCGUCAAUGAGGCGGCGAUCACCGGAUACUAUGUGGACCGGUGUGAGGCCGGCUCAGACACCUGGGUCCAGUGCAACGAUUCCCCAGUGAAGGUUUGUAAAUACCCGGUUCACGGCCUGAGCAUGGGACGCUCCUACCACUUCAGGGUCAGAGCCGUGAACAGCGCCGGCACCAGCAGGCCGUCCCGUAUGUCAGACAAAGUGACCGCCCUCGACGCCGCCGAGAGCGAGAGGCUGCAAGGUACCGAGGAAGGCAUUCCCUCUGCUCCCGGUAAGGUUGCAGCCACCAGAAACACCAAGUCGUCCGUGUUUGUUCAGUGGGAAGCUCCCAAAGCUCAGAAAAACCUGAUGGGAUAUUACAUCGAUGCCCGUGUUGUUGGAUCCAAGGAGUGGUUCGCCUGCAACAACAAACCCUUCAAACACACCAGGUUUGUGGUCCACGGUCUGAUCCCUGGAGAGAGUUACGUUUUCCGUGUCCAAGCCGUCAACGUCUUCGGCCUCAGCGAAGAGUCUCAGGAGUCAUCUCCUAUCGCCGUGGAGCCAGCCCUCGCCACUCCGAGCGCUCCCUACGGCAUCACCCUCCUGAGCAGCGAUGGCUCCUCCUUGACCAUCGCCUGGAAGAGUCCCAAACACUGCGGCGGCUCCAAAGUCAACGCUUACUACAUCGACAAGAGAAACGCCGACACGUUGGUGUGGAAGGAGGUCAACCUGCAGGCCGUCACCGAGAGGAUCUGCACCAUUGAUAAUCUGACUGAGGGAAAUUUCUACGAGUUUAAGGUCCAGGCCGCUAACAUGGCUGGCGUCGGCGUGCCCUCAGCUCCCAGUGCCCCCAUGAAAUGUGAAGCUUGGACCAUGGAGGAACCAGGCCCUGCUUAUGACCUGAGUUUCAGUGAGGUCAGAAGUCACUCCCUGGUCCUCCUGUGGAAAGCUCCGGUCUACAUCGGAGCGAGCGCAGUCACCGGAUAUCUUGUGGACAUGGCCAAGAAGGGCUCAUCAGACUUUGUUACUCUGACCCAGGAGGCUGUGAGCCACCGUUACCUGCAGGUGUCCAGUCUUGAAGAAGGAGAAAGCUACGUGUUCAGAGUCCGUGCCGUCAGUGCGAAGGGAGUGGGAAAACCUUCCCAGGUGUCCGAGCCCGUCUGUGCCAGAGCUCUGCCAGGCACUCAGGAGAUCGUUGCUGGCGUGGACGAGGAGACCGGAGACGUCUUCCUGUCUCUGGAGGCCUGUGAGAUCAGUGACACAUCCAAGUUCAUCUGGUCCAAGAACUACAAACCCAUCGGAGACUGCCCUAGAGUCGCCGUGACAGCAAAGGGCAGAACUUCCAGACUGACUUUCACCAACCCCGAUAAAGAUGAUUUGGGAAAAUACUCUGUGUUCGUCACCGACACAGACGGAGUCUCUGCCAGCCACACGCUGACCGAGGAUGCUCUGAACACCAUGCUGGAGCUCAGCUACGCCAUCAGACAUCCCGUCGUUCCUCUGAAACACGGCCUUAACUAUGAAAUCUUGGAGAAGGGUCACGUUCGUUUCUGGCUUCAGGCCGUCAAACUGACACCAUCCGUGUCCUACAGGUUCGUCGUCAAUGACAAGGAGGUCAAGAGUGGAGAGGGGCAAAAGAUCAGUCACGACGUGGCCACAGGAAUCAUCCAGAUGACUGUUGAUCAUUUCACCAGAGCCAACGAGGGCACGUACACCGUCCAGAUCACCGACGGAAAAGCCAAAACUCAGAGCUCCUUGGUUCUGGUUGGAGACGUGUUCAAAGUUGCUCUGAAGGAGGCCGAGUUUCAGAGGAAAGAGCACAUCAGGAAGCAAGGUCCACAUUUCUCUGAGUAUCUGUAUUUCACUGUCACUGAGGACUGCACUGUCAUGCUUGCCUGCAAGGUGGCUAAUGUGAAGAAGGAGACUGUUUUCCACUGGUACAAAGAGGACGAUGAGAUUGUUCCAGAUACUCCUCCAAACGUCAUGUCUGGAGCCUGCGCUCUCCCCAUCCCUCUGUUCUCCAGAAAGGAUCAGGGCAUCUUCAAGGCCACGCUCAGCGACGACAGAGGAAAGGACACGUCUGUGUUCGAUGUUUCAGGCCAAGUGUUUGAUGACAUCAUCAACGCCGUCGCUAAGAUCGCCGGUGCGUCUGCCUCAGACCUGGUGCUGCAGUGUACUCCAGAGGGCAUCAGGCUGCAGUGCUACAUGAAAUACUACACAGAGGAGAUGAAGACCGUCUGGAAACACAAGGAGAGUAAGAUCGCCUCCUCAGAGAAGAUGAGGAUCGGAGGAACCGCUGAGAUGGCCUGGAUGCAGAUCUGUGACCCAUCCGACAAGGAGAAGGGUCACUACUCCAUCGAGAUCUCAGACGGCGAGACGACCCACACCAGAACCUUCGAUCUAUCUGGACAGGCCUACACUGAUGCCUAUGAAGAGUACCUGAGACUGAAGGCAGCUGCAUUUGCUGAGAAGAACCGUGGCAGAGUGGUCGGUGGUCUACCUGACGUCGUCACCAUCAUGGAGGAGAAGUCUCUGAGCCUGACCUGCACCGUGUGGGGCGAGCCGACACCUGAGGUCACCUGGUUCAAGAACGAGCAGGAGGUGGCCUCCACUGAGCACACUAAGGUCACGUUUGACGGCGGCAAGUUCGCCAGCCUCGUCAUCAACAAAGUCACCCCGGAGGACUCGGGCAAGUACAGCAUCAACGUCAGGAACAAGUACGGCGGCGAGUUCGUGGAGAUCACCGUCAGCGUGUACCGGCACGGCGAGAAGAUCCCCGAGGCCAAAGUGGGACAAGCCAAAACGCCCGCCGCCACCCCUGCAUCCACGCCUGUGCCGCCUAAGUCUCCAGCUCCACCCUCCAAAACCCCGACCCCUACCCCCAAGGCCCAGACCCCGAUGUCCAUGAAGAGCCCGACCCCGGCAUCCACCCCCGCCUCCACCCCCGUCCCUAAAUCUCCAACCCCAACCCCCAAGUCUCCAACCCCGACUCCAUCCCGCGGUGUCAAGUCUCCAACUCCACCCAGAUUCAUGAAGUCCCCAACCCCACCCAGGAAGUAGACGGUGGCGUUUGAGGGUUUUUCUGUUAGCAUGAGUGUGAAACAAAGUUCAUGUAGAGGUAGCCGCUGUGACGUCCUUCUGCAGAAAAUCACCUAAAAGACGAGGGGCUUUCACCGCGGCCGCUAACCUUCAGUAGAUUUCCUGUCCAGUGGCGUCCUUCGACUUGUCUCUGUGGGAGAAAACUAAAACAGGGAUCAUAAAGACCAGGGUAGAUGCUGAUCCUCAGAGUUUUAAAAGCUGCACCUUCCACUGCGGGUGGAACGCCUGUAAACAUAACCAGGAUGUUAGAGAGGGAUUCUGGGUAAUCACAGAGUCCGUUAACUGUCCUCCUUUUAUGAGACGCUGCUUCAGUCUGGAGUAGCUCCCAUCAUUUAGAGAAUAAGUCUCUUCAUACCCUGGUCUCGGUCUGUCUGUGUCCCUAAAGCUUUGAGAUGCAAUAAACGUUAUCACGCUCUU